AGGGGAAGAUGGGGCACAGGCAGCAUGCCCACAUAGUUGGGGCUGGAGGGAAAAGGGGGCUUAUGUGGGGCCCCACAACGUCAGCCUCCCUUGGGCUGAUAAUGUCAGCAACAUGCUGGCAAAGAAGGAGAAGACCCACAAAAGCAGCUCUAAUAAUUUCAGCCCCCUGCCUUUCCUCUCUUUCCACCUCACUGUGAAAUGGUCAAGAUGGGCAUCACCAGGAAAAAGAAAACAAGAGAAAGAAAGGUACUAAUAAAAGAAAGAAAGUAAACCAGCUUGCCUCCAGCUUGGUUGGUAACCAGUGACUUCAGCUGUGAAAGAGUGCAAGCGCCUCUGAUACGCUGCGGCUUAUCUCUUCUUUACCCACAGAGGACUUUUGCUCCUUCCCAGUUAAUUCAUUAGGUAAAUACAGAUUUGCUGGGGGAGACACACUCAAGGCCAACACAAAUCCUGGCUUGCAAGAAAAUAACAUUUUUAUUAUUUUUCCCUUGAUCAUCCCAAGACAGAGCAGAUUUUGGGGGGAAGAGCACUGGGAGAUAAAGUGUGCUGGAAGAGUUGCUGUUGGCUGCAGGGUCCAAGCCAUUUUGGCAUGACCAUCCUUGCACCUUCAUGGUGUCUUUCUGCUUUGUGAGACUGGGGUUUGUGUGUCUGGAGGAGAAAAGGCAGCUCAGUGUCUGAUGUGAAGGCAAUCCAGUGUCUGCUGCCUGCUGCCCUGCUUCAAGCUGCAGUCAUGGGGCCAGGCGACAACAUGAGGUUGCUGACGUCCAUCCUCAGAGAUUCCCUAGGGCUUCUGGUUGAGAAGCAAGCCUGACCUCACGCCAUGGUGCUGCUCCAACACCAGUAUGGUGUACUUCUGUGUUUCAGGGACAGCCCAACGCCCAGGAGAAAACCACAGCCACAUCCUCCUGGCCAGUGGGGAAGCCACUGGGAAAGCACGACGUUGACCUCAGGUAGUCCUGACGUGCCGCUUCCAAGGAGCUCCAGCCAAGUGGGUGAAACAGGCAAGCGAGCAGGAGGAGGAUGGCAGAAACGGAGCUGACCAAGCUGUGUCCGCUCAUGAACGGCAAUUGUGUGGGGAAUCAUGGAAACAAAGCCGACAGCUCCUGGAUUCUUCCCAACUUGCCCAGUAAGUGCACAUGGACACCUACAACACCUGCCUCCAAGUCUCCACACUCCUGCGUGCCCUUACCAGAAGAAAAAAAGAUCUUGCCCAACAUCCUGAAGAGAAUUGGCUGCACCCCAAUGGUCCGAGUCAACAAGAUUGGGAAGUCCUAUGGGCUCAAGUGUGAACUCUUGGCAAAAUGUGAGUACUUCAAUCCGGGGGGCAGCAUAAAGGACCGCAUCGGCCUGAGGAUGGUGGAAGAUGCAGAGCGAGCUGGGAUUAUUAAACCAGGAGACACACUCAUCGAACCCACUUCAGGAAACACAGGAAUCGGGCUGGCAAUGGUGGCUGCAGUGAAAGGUUACCGCUGCAUCAUUGUCCUGCCGGAGAAGAUGAGCACGGAGAAGGUUGAUAUUCUGAAGGCACUGGGUGUUGAAAUUGUGAGGACCCCAUGCACCAGCUUCGAUGCUCCAGAGUCUAACAUUCGUGUGGCCUGGAAGUUGAAAAGUGAAAUCCCAAACUCUCACAUCCUGGACCAGUACCGAAAUCCAAGCAACCCCCUGGCUCAUUACGACACCACGGCUGAGGAGAUCCUGGAGCAGUGUGAAGGCAAGGUCCACAUGGUGGUGGUUGGGUCUGGCACAGGAGGCACCAUCACUGGCAUCGCCAGGAAGCUGAAGGAGAAAUGCCCAGAAUGCAAGGUCAUUGGUGUGGAUCCUGAAGGCUCCAUCGUCGCUCUGCCCAGCGAGAUGAACACAACAAACACCACAAACAUCGAAGUGGAGGGCAUUGGGCAUGACUUUAUCCCUACUGUCCUUGACAGAUCAGUGGUUGAUCAGUGGUAUAAAUGCAAUGACAGAGACUCGUUGCUCAUGUCGCGCAGGCUGAUCAGGGAAGAGGGACUAUUGUGUGGAGGCAGCUCGGGCAGUGCCAUGUCUGUUGCUGUGCAGGCAGCCAAGGACCUGAAGGAAGGUCAGCGCUGUGUUGUCAUCCUGCCCGACUCUGUCAGGAACUACAUGUCCAAAUUUCUGAAUGAUAAGUGGAUGAUAAAAAACGGUUUCCUAAACGACGCCCAGGAGCACAAGCCUUGGUGGUGGAACAUCAAGGUGCAGAAACUGAAUCUCUCGGCCCCUCUCAUUCUCCUCCCUGAAGUCAGCUGUCAAAAAGCAAUUGAGAUCCUCCAGGAGAAGGGAUAUGAUCAAGCUCCUGUUGUUGCUGAAUCAGGGCUUAUUUUGGGAAUGGUGACCCUCAGCAACACCCUUACCUCAGUGCUGAGUGGAAACGCGCAGUUCUCAGACUCCGUUACGAAGGUCAUCCACGACCAGUUCUCAAAGAUUGGCCUGGAGGACAGCCUCGGCAAGCUUUCCCGCAUCCUGGAGAACGACCACUUUGCUAUUGUUGUACACGAGCAAAUGCAGUUCAAUGGGAACGGCAGCUCCUUCAUGAAGCAGAUGGUGUUCAGUGUGGUCACAGCCAUGGACCUCCUCACCUUUGUCAGCAGAAAUGAGAAGGAGUAGCAGAGCAGCUUGGCUGUACCCUCCUCUGCUCCUCCGGCAGAGCCAGCUGCCCCCCGAGCAUCCACCUCCUGGCGAGGUGCUUUCUGGUCUGAUCCAGCUGAUCGUUUCUCAGAAUGACUAGGUGAAAAUCGUACUGUAAUGAUCAUUUGUCCGCUAAAUGACAUCCCAGAAUACCACUAACAACAAGAUAACUAAUG